AUGCAUGUUAGAACGAAAGAGCGAGCUGCAAGCAUCAGUAUUACUGGUGUUGCUUCUCUUUUGACAUGUCUUGCGUUUGCGGGAAUGGCAUCAUGGGGAGUUUAUAUUUAUUCGUCUUUUUACAAGUACGCAAUUUCAACGUCAAGAUGCGAUCGAAUUUCCAUCAACAAUCUUGUUCUCACUUAUUCCAUUGUUGGAUAUAUUUUAGCAGCAUGCUCAAUAAUGGCCAUUAUAGCUCGCCUGUUGGACAUGUUCUGCUUGAGUAAUGAGGAAAAGGAAUCAAACACACUGUAUUCACUCGUUCAAGCGGCAUCAGGAUUUAUGGUUUUGGCCUUAAUCGGCAUUUUAAUUGCAAUGGCUGUCAUGCUCUAUUCGUCUCAGUGCUACAGCGCAGCAAGAACCAUGUUCAACUCAUUGAAUCCGUACAUCAUUGCCCAAUUUGCCAUUUUGUCAAGUUCAUGCUGUUUGGUUUGUUUGUGUUGGUGUGUACCUUUGUGUAUGGCAAGUUUUACAGCUCGAAGGAACUUGGAACAAGGAUACCAAACCUUGCAACAUUGA